CAAAAUGGCCGCCGAGGAAAUACAAAAAGAAAUACGUCAGUUCCACGAGAACUGUAAACUGUAUUUACAAAAUGAAUCAGUGGAUUUUGACGCGAGUGAAUGCUUUAGAAGAAGCUACCAGAAGGAGUUCUUAGGGGUUGUGACGAUGAUAUUAAAUAAACACGCGCAUGGGACGUAUAAGUUUACGGAAGAGAUGACAUCGUUGAUUCUAGAAAAGAUCGCCGGGGAAUCAUCCGACAACAAACUAGACAUAUCAAAAUUGCUGCAAUUCCUCAAGAAAGCUUUAACUUUGCACAAAACGGUGGCCCACGCGGAGGUUAUCACCCUGCAGUCGAAGCACUGCCUGUCGACCAGCGUCCCGGGCUGUUACUGUAGGUCUGGAUUUGUCGAGCAAUCCGGCCAGUGCGUCCAACCUAACGACUGUUUGACGGAAGAAGAUUUAAAAUACAUAUCCCGAGUAAAUAUAUUAUAGUAUACAAUAAACCAUUUUACACGAAUAAUCAGUAAAUCACAACCUUCCUAGCCAAAUAAGCCUCCUAAAGCUAUACCGGGCGCAAAGGUGCCCAUAACGCGACAGGCGUCUUUAUAGUUUUAAAACCGACUAGCCCGGUUUUCUUACGUGUUUCCUUCAGCAAAAAGCGACUGGUAAGUAUGAAUUGAUAUUUCGUACAUAAGUUCCGUUAAACUCAUCGGUAUUGUUCAGAAUAAUCCCUGCCGCUUCUUUCCGCUAGCGCCCUACGCGACAACAUUUCCAUCUUCACCACUUAUAUGGUUGGCAGUCCUCAACUGUGCAUUUCUCCAGGAACUUUCUGCCUCGCACAGCUUAACUGUCGAACUGUCGCCUGCUGUAUUUCCGGACUUUAAGAAAUGAGCGUACUCCUAUCUUAAAGGCCGGCAACGCACCUAUAAUGCCUCUGGUGUUGCGGGUGUCCAUGAGCGACGGUAAUCGCUUACCAUCAGGUGAUCCGUCUGCUCGUUAGACUCCUAUAUCAUAAAAAAAGAAGUAACAGAGGUUUGAAACCCACAACUGAUCGAAAGUUGCACCCCCUUACCGCUAAGCUACCAAAGCAUGCUGGUCUCUGAUAAAAAUGUAAU